CCAAUCCACGCCAUUUCUUUGUGCGCCGAUUCUGUCUUUAAGAGACUCAUACUAACCAGCAGAUACCUCCAGCACGCGUUUUAUACUCGAUAGAUCUAUAUUCGACGAGUUUGACGCGCUCACCAUGACCACGGCGAUUUGUCAACAAUAGAUUCAACUGUUUGUUGCUCCCCCACCGCAGCACGACGCGCUGAAUCCACGCACGAGACGAAUUCGGCAGGACCUGAUACCAUAUCCACGACAAACGGCUAGGAAAUAAAGACGAUAACAAGAAAAUGGCUCGCGCGGCUGUCAUCCCCCAAUCACCCCCUAAACGGGGUCGCCCCGCGUCGUCCACCAGCACCGCGAGAGGUCGUUCCUCCGUUGCAACAGCGACCACGGCAGCAGCUAGAGCGAAAGCGAGACCUGCCCCUGCGAAACCCGCGACCAAAAGGACUGCGCGUGCUGAUACGGAUGACGAUGACGACGAGAUCGCGAUGGAGAAUAAAGAGAAGAAGACGACUGCUAGAGGGAGGGCCAAAAAUACGACAUCAUCAUCGACGACAACGGCAUCGAAUACGGUACGCGGAAGGAAACCGGCUAGAACUGUGAACCCGCGGGAGGAGAGCGAUGAUGAUGAUGAACUUGCGCAGAUGGAUGUUCCGAAGAAGCGCGUUGGACGGCCGAAAAAGGAGACUACUACUACUGCGAAACCAGCAGAGCCGGCGGCUAGACCGAGGGGCCGACCGAAGGGUACUACGAAUGCUAAGACGACGACGACGGCACGGUCCCGCAGGACUGAGGAGGAGUCGAAGCCUAGGGAUAUUGCGAUUACUUCGGCUGCGCUGAGGUCGAAUAUUCUCAAGGGGCCUGCGAAGAAGAAAACGGUUACGUUCCAGGAUGUUACUGAUUCAGAGGAGGAAGAGGAAGAGUCUGCUCCGGCUCCUAGACGGCGAAGGGCAACCCCUGCUAAGCGCGGUAUGGGUGCUAAACCUGCUCGCAAACCUGCUGCUACCGGCACGGCGACUGGUCGUGUUCACAAACCCGCUGCGAAGACAGCCACGAAGCCGAAGCCUCUUUCGCCGAGGAAGGCGAAUCAAGUCGCCAAGUCGAUUUCGUCGUAUGUUAGCUCGGAUGGUGAAGAUGAUGAACUUGCUGGUGGAAAGGAUCAGAUUAAAUUACAUGUCAACUCGCCUACGAAACACGGAUCAGAGAAAACCGGACUUAGUUCCCCGGUUAAGCGCAUUAACCUUACUCCUCGCCAUAAGUCUGUUGAUGAGAAUGGGAAGCCUGUUCGCCGGUCUAUCGAUUUCAACGAUGUUAUUAGCAUGUCCAGUCCCACGCGGGAACCAUCCCCUUCGCCUUUCCAUUACACACUCAGAGAGACUCCCAGGAGAGUAGGUCUUGCUGUCGCAGAAGAACACACCGGCCCAAUUGCCCAGCCGGAUUUUGGCCGCUCCCAAAAUUCCCCGCUCAAGGCAUCUCCCAAGAAAGGCCUCCUAGAAACCCCAAGAGGAGGCAGCGGCUUCGCCUUCAACAACGACAUGAAAGCCUCCUUCCAACCAAACUUCACCCCCGGGCAAAACUCCCCCCUCAAAGCCUCCCCUAAAAAGGGCCACUUCAAUGAAACCCCCAAAGCCAGCAGCAUGGCUCCCUGGGACGGCACGAAGCCACUGUCCCAGCCGAACUUCACACCUGGACAGAACUCGCCGCUAAAGGCUUCCGCAAGGAAGGGGAAAUUGGCAGCGUCGUUCUCGGAGAGUGCAAUGAAGGCAUCGUCGACGCCGUCGUUUAACGCGAGGAUUUCGCUGCUACAGAGUCCCGCGAAGAGAGUUGUUUCGCCAUUUAAGGGGUUUACGCCGAAGAGGUCUUCGUUGUUUGCGCCGAGGGAGGUUGAGAGUACUACGCCUCGUGAUGAGGUUGAGCAUGAUGUGCAGACUGCUUCUACGCCGCAGAUGGAGGAACCGCUUAGGCUUGGAGAAUUGGAUGGGGGUGUGCAUGAGAACCAAGAGCAGGAUGAGUCUGCGGAUGAGUUGGGCGAUGAAUAUGACCAUGAUGUAAAUGAUCAUGAUUCUCAGGCUACCAUCGAGGAAGAGAUGGAUGAGGGCCAAGAGCCCGGGCAUGAUGAGCAGCCUGGUGAUGAAUUGGCACAUGAAGCCGAUGAUCACUUGCAGGCUCCGUCUGAACCCCAAUCGCACUUCGCGAUCGAUGACGAGAUGGACGAAGAGCAGGACCAGGACAACGAAGAAUCUGCUCAUGAACCGGAGCAUGAAACUGAAGAAUACGUCCAUGAACCAGAGACUCAACACCACGCCGAAGCCGACGAGGAAAUGGAUGAAGGGCCUGAGUUUGAUGCUGAGCCUGAGACCCGUGAUGACGGAGACGACGCGGACUAUCCCCAGGAAGACGCUGCACCUACCUACGAGGACCUUGAGCGAGAGGUUGCCGACGAACCCUCGCUAGACCUUGGUGAAGAGCUCGCGGAGACGUUCGCUGAGACGUACACCGAGGAUGACUACGAAGUCCCUGCUGCACAUCCCAAGGAGCAUGACUAUGAAAAUGCCACUGAAGAUCUAGAGCACCACCAAGAGGACCAGAACGACGACGCAGAUGAAGCCGACCAACUUGCUGAAUCUGUGCUGUUAGAUUUCCAGAAUCUUACUGAGGAACACGAAGAACCUGAAGAGCAAGAGAAUGGAUUUGUCGAUGAUAGAAUCGCUGCGCUGGAAACAGAGGUUGAAGCUGAGAUGCACGAGGUGGAUUUUGGUCCGGUUUCCGAUCGGGAAGAGGGCAGUGAGCAAGAAAUUGACGACCACGAGGCUCAGAUGCGCGAGGCGGAUUUUGGUCCGGUGUCGGAUCAAGAGGGCAGUGAGGAAGAGAGUGACGAUGAUGAGCCAGAAGUGCCUGCUCAGCAGGAUGUCCCCGAAGAACCGGAAGAGGACCAGGACCAAGAGAUUGACGACGAGCCAGAGGUUUCGGCCCAGCAGGAUGCUCCCGAAGAACCAGAACUACCCGUUCAGCACCAUGUCCCCGAAGAACCGGAAGAGCCCGUUGCCGAGGAACAUCAGGCCAUUGAAUCGGAACCCGAAGAUCUCAACGCUGAAGAUGACAUGGAAAGCAACGACGAUUUUGAAGCCGACGAUGAUAUCCAGGAAGUUCCCGUCCACGAAGACGUCCAAGAAGACGAAGACGAAGAGAGCGAAGAGGAAGUCGAUGAUGAAGAGGAUUGGGACGUCGACGGGACUACGCUGGUUGUCUUUGAUGAGGAGCAGAUGUACAUGGAGGGUGCGAGGCCUUCGCCUCGUCGUGUUUCGCCUCGUCGUAUGUCGCCUCGACGUAUCUCACCUCGCCGGCUUUCUCCUCAACGGCCUUCACCCCGUCGUGUCUCUCCUCGUCGUGCUUCACUUCGUGCUCCGCCUCGCCGUCUCUCUCGCCAGAGCAUUCAAGUCGAGCGUGAACCCAGUCAUGAGCCCAGCCCUGAACAUGUCGAAGCUCCUUCACCGACUCCUGCUCCAGUUGUCGACAAUCAGUACCGCGAUGACGCGGAUCAGACGGACUCCGACGAAGACGCAUCCAACAUCCAGGAGGCUGCGCAGAAUAAAACCAGCACCCCCGAACCCAACGUCCCCACCCUAAACCCCCGCUCCAGCAUCCACCGCUCAAUCUUCGACAAUGCCCCGCGCUUCACACCACUAGCCAACCAAUUCAGCCAGUGGCAGGCUGGCACUCCCCAAGAGCAAGAGCAAGAAGCAAGCAGAUCUAGUCGCCCACGACGGGGCAUUUUCUCUAUCGGUGGUGCUCCCAGGAGACCUUCGGGGAGGAUUUCUGUUGGUUCGGAUGUUUCGUAUCCUGAUCUUGGGCGGUCGCUUGGGUCGAGGAAGUCGUCUUUGGGGAAUGUUACUGGCCAGGGGGAUGUUGGGGAUGAGGAGGAGGAGGAGGAGGAGGAGGAGGAGGAGGAGGAUAUGGAGCCCGCUGUUGAGGAAGAGGCAGAGGCAGAACUGGAACCAGAACUGGAACAUGCUCACGGGGUAGAGCAGGAGCCAGAACCUGAGUCGGUGCAGGAACCGGAACAAGUUCCCGAGGCAGAGCCAGAGACUCUUGAAGAUGAUGCUGCCAAGGCCGAUGAACCACAACACCCUGUAACUGAGAUCUAUACUGAUCCAGAACCCGAGGCGGAGGCGAUCGACGAACGUGGAGAAGAUCUCCCUCAGCAUGCCAGCAGUCCCGCACCCGCACCCGCACCCGUCCCCGACCAAUGGGACGAUGAUAAGGAAAACGAAAAUGAAAACCUCCCUGCACCUGGGCCAGUGACACCUAUGAAAAAUAUCAAAGAAAAGAUCAGCCCCAUGCACACCGUCCACACAGUGUCCAAGGUCCCACUCAAGCCCGAGGGCCAUAUCUCGCCGCUGAAGAUGCCCCUAUCUCUUAAACGACGUCGCUCAUUGUCGAACACAUCGCCAACUCGUGCCUCGCCACGACUGCGCAAGUCGGCUCUUUUUGCUCCUGCUCUCGCUGCCCAGGAAGAGAGUGUGUCUGAGUUUUCGCCGAGAAAGGCGCCUAGGCUUAUGGAACAUGACAGUCCCGCACAGCGAGCAAGUGAGUAUAGAGCGCGAAGUGUGGAGAGAAGACAGAGCCGGGCUAGCAUUGGCAGCAAGGCGCCGUCUCAAUGGCCCAGUCCUGUGAAAUCUCGCCGGACGAGCGAAUUCAGUGCGCGCAGCGCGGACCGCCGCCAAAGCAGACCAAGCACCAAGCUUCCAUCCCGCUCGCCCAGCCCCGUCAAAUCCCCCCGCAAGAGCAUCGGUACCAAUGGCGCCCUAACCGGCGCCAUCGUCUACGUCGACGUGCACACAACCGAAGGCGAAGACGCAAGCGGCAUCUUCAUCGAACUCCUCCAACAAAUGGGCGCCCGCUGCGUCAAGAACUGGGCCUGGAACCCGCGCGCAAGCCUCCUCCCCGAAUCUGCCGCAGAGCAACACAAAGACGGAAGAGUAGGCAUUACGCACGUCAUCUACAAAGAUGGCGGCGUCCGCACACUCGAAAAAGUCCGCCACGCCGCUGGUCUCGUCAAAUGCGUCGGCGUCGGCUGGGUCCUUGACUGCGAGCGCGAAAACAAAUGGCUCGAUGAGACCGAGUACACUGUCGACAGCACCAUGAUCCCUCGUGGCGGCGCCAAGCGCCGAAAGUCCAUGGAGCCGAGGGCAUUGAGUAACGUCAACGGAACUCUCGUCUCCUCUGCCGCAGCCGCUCGACGCAAAUCGGCCAUCACACCCUCAUCCAGCGAAGAACCACGCACACCAACCACAACCCGGACAAAGAAAUUCGAUACUCCAUCCGCCAGGGAUAGAAUCUACCAAACGCCCAAAACACCGGGUACGGGGUAUGGAUUCCGGUUUAAUAUGGAUGAUUAUGUGGGCAUGUCGCCUGCGACACCGUUCUAUCUGUCGCGCGCGAAGUUGGUGCAGCAGACUUGUCCGCCGAAGCAGACGAGGCAGGGAUUGUUCCAGACUGGGGAUGAUGCUGGGUUGGGCGAUGGUGAGGACUCGGAGAGCUCGAGGAGGUUGAAGAUGAGGUUGGAGGCUGCUAGGAGGAAGAGUUUGGCUGUUAAGCCUUGAUGGGCUUCGGUUGACUAGCAUUGGUUUGGUUGUUCUUGAACUGUACAUACCCAUUUGCAACAUUGUGGAUAUUGCCUUGGAGUUUUGGGAUUGGGAGAAUUGAUUUUGGAAUUGAUUGACUUUGUCGUCGCAACCGCCG